GGGCACGGCCAAGCCGCAGGAAACCCCACCGCCACAAUGGAGUUCUCGACCCGCGACGUCGGUGCGUGGAGUGAGUCGCUCUCUGCCUACGAUGGCCGCCUCGCCCUCCUCCGGAAGCCUGACCUCCUCCCCCUCGAUGCCUUCUACCGGGCAGAGCUCCCCGUCCUCCUCCGCCGCAGGGAACCCCGCCCCUUCCUCACCAAGCCGGAACUCCGCCGCCUCAUGCAGUGGAAGCUCUCCCGAGGCAAAUGGAGGCCUCGGUUGCUGGAUUACGUGUCGUCGCUGGACGAAGCGUCGGUGGACUCCGCCUCGCGGAGGGCGUUCGCGGCGCUCCCGGACCUCUCUAAGGCCGUCUCGGAGCUUACGGUGCUGAAGGGAGUCGGGCCGGCGACGGCGUCCGCUGUUUUAGCUGCCUACGCGCCGGAUGUCGCGCCUUUCAUGUCCGAUGAGGCUAUGAUGGCCGCGAUGGGGAACGUGAAAGAGUAUACUUUGAAGCAGUAUCUUGCAUUUGCCGAGAAGCUACAGACGAAGGCAAAGGAUUUAAGUGCUGAAGGGAUUAUUUUCACUCCUUCUGAUGUCGAGAGAGCUUUGUGGAGCUCGGCAGUAGGUUCCAAGUUGCUGAAGUCUCCACCAAAAGAUGAUUUAGAGGCUGGUGCCAGGAAAAGCAUUAAGAGGAAAAGAAAAUUUUGACUCGAGCUAAAGUAUCUUUCACUUGCUGUGGAGCAACUAGACAUAACUUCCAGUACACUUGUAAGCUGUAAUAUAUUGACAUCACCAACUUCGUCUCUUAGCUUUCAAUGUGAUGCUUGGGUGAGAUCAUCUGAUCCUUUAUCUAUAUAUAGUCUUGAGGGUUUUGUGCUGUUCAAGGGAUUAGGUGGAUACUAUUUUUUAGAUUA